AUGGACUCGGGCGCUGAGGAGUACGAGCUCAACGGCGACCUGCAACCAGGCUCCCCGGACGCCUCGCCUCCACGUUUGGGUUGGAGAACCCGACCCAUCAACGUGAACCACUAUGCCAACAAGAAGAGUGCAGCCGAGAGUAUGCUGGACAUUGCCUUGCUGAUGGCCAACGCCUCCCAGCUCAAGGCCGUCAUUGAGCAGGGCUCCAGCUUUGCCUUCUUUGUGCCCCUGGUAGUCCUGAUCUCCAUCUCCCUUGUUCUCCAGAUUGGUGUGGGUGUACUGCUCAUCUUCCUCGUCAAGUACGACCUCAACAACCCAGCCAAGCACGCCAAGCUGGACUUCCUCAACAACCUGGCCACAGGCCUAGUGUUCAUCAUUGUGGUGGUCAACAUCUUCAUCACAGCCUUCGGCGUCCAGAAGCCCAUGAUGGAUGUGGCACCCCGGCAGUAG